AAGACUGGUUAGAUAAUAUAUCUAAUUUAAUCUCAGUCGUCCUAAAAUGAUCCAAGUCAAGCUUUUUUCUCUCUUAUUAUAAUCAAUGUCACAUAGGUUCCAUCUUGAUCGCCAAGGUUCGCAGUAAGAACCAGACGAGGUCGUUUGACAUCACGGUGUUUUUUUAUAAGAAUAUGAAAAUCUUUUAUGCAGAUUUAAGGUGGAAAUCCUACUAGUCUGCUGCAAAGGGCUGAAAAAAAAACUGUGAGCAUUAUCAUAAGUAUAUACCGAUUACAAUAGUGUAGAUAUCAAGUUCAACGCCAAGACCAUUUUUGUACUCUUGUUUUCCUUGACGUUAUUUUUGUAAAUUUAGCUCUUGUACUACCAAACCCAGAGGUCGGCAAUUAUGGGUGAAUUACCACUGAUAAGUUAAUUAUUAGAUUGCUGAGGUUAGUGAAAACUACACGGAUUUCAAUACGAAGUGAAGCUUAUUUAUUUUAAUAAUGGUAAUCAUUAUUACAUUUGUCGAUACGGUAAUAUUAUUUGGUUUCAGAGACGAAUUUCUCCUUUCAUAUUUCAUCUGUUACCUUUAAUCAUUAUACCACUUUGCCAUCUAACUUUACCUUAACUAUUUCUUCAAGUAAUUCGAUUCUGGAGGCAGAUUAUGUUUUGGACAAUAUCUGUAGUACAACGUAUUCUCCGUAAGCUUAACAAUUCCUCUGUUUAAAUGGGAAGAGAAUCUUUAUGGAUGGGUAAACUUGAUUUCACAAAAACUAAAAGCCUCCAUCAAGACCAGGUCAAUAGGGAGUAUGAGAUCUAGAUGAAUAUCUAUUCAUUUUUUUUUAUAAGGAAAUAAUCAUUCGUGCAAAAUGUCUUGCGCUGUCCGCAUCUGUAGAGCUGCUGGCCACAGCUCCAUGAAGUAAUGACUAGUAUACGUGAAAUUUCAUUCUGUGGCUAAGAAUCGGCGCUGGCUCAAAAUCACAAAUAUUCCCUGAAGAAGCUACCAGUGUUGGCAGAGCAGUUGGUUAAAUCAGAAACGUAUAUAUAUGUAGAGCUGCUUGAACUGAAUGUGAAUUCAGCUUCGGAACUUGAGUCUGUUUUUGACGAGUCAACGAAGGUUUUCAUUUACACAGAAUCCAAAGGAUCCAAGUCUGAACUCUCGCAACCAUGACAUGAAAAGCUGACGAAUUUACGUCAGUUCAGUUAUUAAGAUACAAAUCUGCCGAGUGAGCAGUCUACCAGGUCUACGAAAAUUUCUUUAAUAACUCGGACAAAAAAUGAUAAAGUUGCCACAGGAUGUGUCCAGACCUCCAAGAAGUCAGCCAUGAGAAGAAGAUGCCGAUGAUUGUGUGGUCGGACAGUCAAAAAUAGUCGCCGUUAAUUUUGAAUCUGCGCGGAGGAUAUCAAUAAAAGAAACUUUAAUUAGAUGAAAAGAUACUUUUGAAUCUAUAUUCGGAAUGUGGAGGUAAGAAUGGUCGAAUAGCAGCUCUGGUGGUUUUAAGGGAAAUCUGCUGAAUAUCUGUUCAAGCAUUCCUUGACGCUAAGUUUUACUAGAUAUAAACUUUCUGUACAGUUUAACAUGAGUUUUUACAUUUUCAUUCUAAUAAAUCAUAAAUAUCCUAUCCUAAAAUUCCUGUAUCUUUAACUCAACGCGAAAAACAACCUUUUCAGCCCUUUUUAGGCUCUUCCAUAGGGCUUCCCUAUUCCCCCAACAAGAACAAUAACAAAUAGUUUUUAGGCUUACUCCCCGAGUAAGCGAAAACCAGGGUAAUUAAAGUUUUGAUCCUUUCAGCAGUAACGAAGGCAAAAACUCAUGAUAACUGAGAUACAUUUUAUGUCUUAAGUAAUUUUCCGUGUAUAUCAUUUCUCUUUUUCCCUCCUUCCAGGUUCGUUCUUUCAAUUUUGGAAGGGAUGUUUCCAGUAAUGAGGAAUAAUUUUUCUACGAUUCUGGCUUUCAUGGUGCUGGGGUCGGGAUCUUGGCCCCGUGACGUCACUAGGUCUCAGGACUUCCUGAGGACGAAUCCCAAUGCCACAGAAAGCAUCAUGCUUCCCGGUCCUCGUUACAGCAAUAUUUCUGUAGACGACGUCUUCAAAUUGGUCAGGGUUUUCCCGAGGAACGAUAACAGAGGUCUGAUUGUUUUAUAUGGCCAGGAAUACGAAGAGGUAAUGAAGGAAUUACCCCAACUUUUAGCUGCCGAGUUUGUCGUACUGAUGAAAAUGGAGAAUGACGGAAAGACCGAGACCCUGCGUCGAAUAUUUGCGUUGUCCUCGGGCAAGAACUUCCUUCUGCUUCUGGAUACGCCUGCCAAUAUAAUCAGCACUUUCAAGAUGAUGAGGAAGAAAAUGCUCAGGACUUAUAUGGUCAAGUGGGUAUUGUUAAUGGAAGGAAGCGACGCCAACAGUGGAAUAAAGGCGCUGGAGGAGUUUGUCAACGAAGGCGCUCAAGUGACCAUCAUCGUCAAGACUGCUGAUGGACUUUUGAACUACCAUCUUCCUUCUAUCGAUACGUACGGAGUUACUCGAUUUAAGAACAACGGCCAGUGGGAAAACACAAAGGACUUGAAGGAGAUACUCUCCAAAGAACCGCAGAAGCCCUACAGCCUGAGUGGGCGCCAUUUUAAGGUGGCUGUUAAGGACCUCAUGAUGAUGAUCACAGUGGGCCGGGUGUAUCCAGACGGGAGCGUUGAACUUGUGGCAGGUGCUGAAACUAAAGUGUUGGCCAUCCUAAGUUCUGUUCUAAAUUUUACAUACAAAGCAUACCUUUCACCAGACAAUGGAUGGGGAAGUCUUUUGCCGGAUGGGAACGUAACAGGAGUCGUUGGAAUGGUAGCUAGGCGGGAAGUUGCUAUAGGAUUUGCAGGAUUGUCCUACGCUGAUAACAGAAUGAGUGUCGUGGACGUCACUGCUGCCUACCACACUGGACGAUACUUGGUGAUGUCAAGAUCUCCCAAGCAAAAGAAUAAGGCUCUUUCAAUUCUCAGUCCCUUCGGGUUCGAGAUCUGGGUCUGUAUUAUACUGUCCGUUGCGCUCAUGGGACCCGUCGUGUACAUCAUGUCUCAUCUCCUCAAUAAGUUUGUGGGGGCUGACGUAAAGAUGGACUUCCAGUGGUUUCAGUUCAACACUUUUCGAAACAUUGUCAAUCAGGGCAACUUGAUGACUGAGGACGCGCUGCAAAUCAGAGUUGUUCUCUUGUUCUGGUUUUUCUUCUGCGCAGUAAAUGCAGCAUUAUACUCAGGAAUGUUAACAGCCGCCUUGGCCAUCCCAGCUUACGAGACUCCCAUAGACUCACUGCAAGACCUUCCUCGGGCUGUCAAAGAAGGUUUUACUGUCGGGACCUUAGGUGCCAGUAACUAUGAAGAUCUUUUUAAGUCCGCUACUGAAGGGGUUCUGAAGCAGACCUGGGAUCUUUUUAAUCAUGAAGACAGGUCGAAAAGUUUCGUUGCCAACAUGUAUGCUGGAGCCAAACGGGCCCUAGAGGAGAAGUUCGCUUUCAUCACCAGUGACAGCUUUGCUCGUGUGUUCUCGAUGAUGUUUGGAGAGGACAAAUUCCACCUCAGCAAGCAAAAGAUUUUUCCAUCGAAUUUAGGGGGAGUUUGUCAGAAAGGUUCUCCCGUCGCAGACCGGCUCUCUUCCAUGGUGCUGAGAAUGAUAGAUAGCGGUCUGAUAGACAAAAUGGCGGAAGACGCUUACAGAGCGAUAAAAACAGUUCGGACAGUUGAAGAGACAGAGAACAUAAGUUUCGCCAUUACCUUAAAUCACCUGCAGGCUGCUUUUUAUUUCUAUUUCCUGGGAUUAAUAGCAUCCACCUUGGCCCUGUUGAUGGAGAGAAUCAAGUUUCAUGCUGAAGGAAAGACGUCCUCGCUGUAGCCGGAGGAAUACUGAAUGAAACUGAAGUCAUUUUCUCCUAUAUCGUUCAAAUAUCAGUGGCCCCAUGGUGACCUGUUGGGUGAAAAGGGUAUGGCUGAGUGAUUGAAUCCUUGAACAGCUGUUGGAGAAAGGCAACAAUCAGACAACACAUCAGAACCUCCUAGUUCUGACAUCAAUCAACAUGCAAGAAAUCACGAAGUUCUAGUGUCAAGCUUUAUAACUAGUAAGUUACAUAUUUUUGAAGGUUUGUUGAAAUGUUGAAGAUUGUUUUAUUGUUAUGAUAAUAAGAAGCGAAAUUUAUGGAUUAGGUUAUCGCGACAAAUGUAGCCCAAGAAUAACACAUGUAUUAGAA